UCUCUCUAUAAAUAUUCCAGAACCUUCCUUCUUACAGUCAGUGUCCGAACUCCGAUCUCAACCAUCCAUUAUUUGUGUAAAGUUGAAGAAAAUGGCGACAAAGAGAAGCGUUGGAACAUUGAAGGAAGCUGAUUUGAAGGGAAAGAGGGUUUUCGUUAGGGUUGAUCUAAACGUUCCUUUGGAUGAUAACUUGAACAUCACCGAUGAUACCAGAAUCCGUGCUGCUAUUCCUACCAUCAAGUACUUGACUGGUUAUGGUGCUAAAGUCAUCCUCUCCUCCCAUCUGGGACGUCCAAAGGGUGUAACACCUAAGUACAGUUUGAAGCCCCUUGUACCAAGGUUGUCUGAACUUCUUGGAUCCGAGGUUACGAUUGCUGGUGACAGUAUUGGUGAGGAGGUUGAGAAGUUGGUUGCACAAAUUCCAGAAGGUGGUGUUUUGCUUUUAGAGAAUGUGAGGUUCCACAAGGAAGAGGAGAAGAAUGAUCCUGAAUUUGCCAAGAAGUUGGCUUCCCUUGCUGAUCUUUAUGUGAAUGAUGCAUUUGGCACUGCUCAUCGUGCUCAUGCUUCUACAGAAGAUGUUGCUAAAUACUUGAAGCCUUCUGUUGCAGGAUUCCUCAUGCAGAAGUUAGACGAGGGAUCUUCCAGUGACUUCUUUGCCAAAAAAAGUGCUUUUGUGCCUCGAUACCAGAUAUCUCUUGAAACACUUGUUGACUCAUCAGAUAUGGCAACAGCUGGUGCUAUUCGCUUACUGGAUAUGGAGGAAGAUAUCUUUGGUUAUUCAUGCACUGAAACAAUCGGAAAAGAAGAUCUGGAACAUAUUUUUCGGCAUCAAGAAUUAGGCGUCGGUGUUAUACACACAUACAUCCGGUUCUUGUAUGACAAUUUCAUGCGCGGGAAUGAUCAAUUGUCAAACAGAUUCCGUUUCGUGUCUUCCUCCCUGGUCAACAAAGCAUUAAUUUGUAGGGAACCGGAUUCAUGUAGAGAGUACUUAGUCAAGAGAUUCAUGGCCAGCAGUACAAACAACUUGUAUCUUUGGCCGUAUAAUUCAGGGUGUCACUGGUUGUUGCUUGCUAUUGAUCCUUUAAAAGAAGUGGUAUAUUUUCUGAAUUCGAUAGAUGGUGAAUGGACAAAUUAUCCGGAUAUGAAGCAAUUAGUUGAUACUGUCCUCUACAGCGCAACGGUAUCGAUUGCGGAUACUUUGUAA